GAACAAGCAGCCGUAGCGCUGUAGGAAGCGAGAGAGAGAGAGAGAGAGAGAGAGAGAGAAUGGAGGAGUUGGAUAGCAGCAGAAGGGGUAGCAGGUGGUCUCUUCAAGGGAUGACGGCUCUCGUUACUGGUGGAACCAAAGGAAUAGGUCAUGCUAUUGUGGAGGAAUUGGCAGGAUUAGGGGCAAAAGUGCACACAUGCUCACGCAAUGAAUCCCACCUGAAUGAUUGCAUCCAUAAAUGGGAAGCUAAGGGUUUUGAAGUCACAGGUACAUUAUGUGACGUAUCCUCUAAAGCCAAUAGAGAGGACCUAAUGAACAAAGUCUCCACUUUGUUCAAUAGGAAGCUUAACAUCCUUAUAAACAAUGUGGGAACGAACAUUGGAAAGCCCACUUUGAAGUGCACAGCAGAGGAUUUCUCAUAUUUGAUGGGCACCAAUUUUGAGUCUGCUUACCACCUGUGCCAACUUGCACAUCCGCUUCUUAAAGCUUCAGGGGCAGGAAGUAUUGUUUUUAUCUCUUCAGUUAGUGGAGUAGUAUCAGUAAAUAUUGGCUCCAUCUAUGGAGCUACCAAAGCUGCAAUGAACCAGCUCACUAAGAAUUUGGCAUGUGAAUGGGCAAAAGACAAUAUAAGGACUAAUUGUGUUGCACCUUGGUUCAUCAGAACUCCCUUUACUGAACCUGAUCUAAAUUUUGAAAUAUUUUCCAAGCCUAUCAUCUCCCGAACUCCAAUAGGACGGGUUGGAGAGCCAGAGGAGGUCUCGUCGUUAGUGGCAUUUUUGUGUCUACCUGCAGCUUCUUAUAUAACAGGGCAGACAAUUUGUGUUGAUGGAGGAGUGACAGUGAAUGGGUUGUUCUUCCCAGGAACAGAAAACAACACAACAACCCAAGUUCCAAACAAUACUUGACAUUCCAGUAGAUUAAGUUCUGCUCAUCAACACGCCUUUGGCAAGUUUAUAGGACAAUUUCACUCAUUUCCUUCUUGUUCCAAGAUUAAAACUUCUGAAAUUCAUACAGCUAUAAUAAUUUCAUAUCAAACAAAGAAACUAAAUGUUCAAUUUGAUGUUUGAUAUAUUGAUAUUAAUGAGACUGGUGCAUCAUCAUUUGCAUUUCA